GUUUCCUUAGUGUAACUGCGCCCGAUGACCCGGUGCGAUGACCUCGAGCGCGACAUCGCGGCGAUGGAGUCAAGGUUGUUUGAGGUUAAAGUUACCAUGGAUGCAGAGGCCAUCAAUUGGAAACGGGCCAAUAAGUUGAACAAGAAGAGCGGGACACACUGGCGCAAUGCCAAGCCAGUGACACCACCCGCAACGGACGUCACUUCGACCUUACCCCUGGCGACGACAUCCUCAGCAAACGUGUCAACGGGGCGUCCACCACCGCCACGCUAUAAAUCGUUGCACGCCUUGGCAAAGCAAGACACGGCUCUUUGGUCUGUCUCAGACGUCAUCUCAUGGCUACGUCACAUGAAUCACGACUCGUGGAUUGCUGUGGUCAAGGAAUUCGGCAUCACAGGCGACCAGGUGUUGUAUGCACACAUGGGCCUGAGCGACGUGAACCUGCGUCGCCUUUUCCGUGUCAAACACGGCGACUUGCAAUGGAAACGACUUGUGCAUGAUGUCGCGACCCUGCACAGAGAGCAUUCCGCCAGCGGCGCACGAGCCACGACGGGUCGUUCGACGGAAGCUCCCAAGACCUUGCCUGCUCUCACGUCGUGCUCGUCACCGCGACACGAUGCCAUGUCGAAUCCAUGCAACCCUCUUCCUACGGCCAACCAUCCACGGCAGCAACGACGCCUACAGCCUACCACAUUGGCCGUACCAACUACGUGUGCAGGUGGAUGCGGGAAAGUGGUUCAUCGACGAAAGGAGGACGUUGCAAUUCCCUGUGGCGGAAAUAUCGUCGGUAGUCGAUGGUUCUGCUCGCCCGAAUGCCAGGGGAUGAUCGGCAACCAAACCGCGUUCGGGGCGACGUUGGAGCGACCGAGCGGACAAGACCGAGCUCUCCUUAGCGUUAGCAUCACGGGAUUGGACGCAGUUUCGCAAGCCUCCACUACUCAACGAAGCGCUGUGGUGCGGAAACGGAAACCACCAAGUCGUGCGAUGGGAUGCUCGGCAGCUUUUGCCGGGCCAACGGUCAAGACAACCCCUCGACGAGGCCCCCCAUCAGCUGCCGGGAGCCUCCAUCUGGAGCUGGUCACGGCUACACUUGCUAGUACACUGUCCUCUUCCACCUCAUCAAGCGGUGUAUCAACAGUGAGGCGACGCCAGCCCAAUUCUACUACUGGUGCGCCACUACUGCAUAUCCCCUCGUCGAACCAAAUAAAGCCCGAAAAACAUGGUCGGCUCUUGCGUCCCGCGCACUGCCCUGCAGACGUCCAAGAGCCCUUGCCAACGAUUGCCGUCACAUCCCUCCAGCACCAUCUCCCAUCGAUUCAUGCACUGGGGACACAAACAUCACCGUCAUCGAGGGCGGCGACGCUCAAGCAGGCGAAAUCCAUGGCGACAGCACCUGCCUACUCCAAAUACAGACUGGACGAUUCGGCGGCAGCUGCACCCACUCUCACGUCUGUGUUCUUGUCAUCGAUUCCGCUGGCCAUGUCGUGCCAAUCCGAGCUGAAAACCGCAGCCAACGACGAUGAUCGUCGCGAACAUGGCACGGUGUCUGCACCACCAACGUUGCUCUGCCAUCUCCUGUCAUUCCUGCGAUUGCCGGCGUGGUGUCGACUGUCCGUCGUGAGCUCCACAUGGCACAACACGAGCCAGACUCAAGACAUGGUGUGGAAGGUCUUCUUUGAUCAGGUAUGGGUCCGAAUUGCCGAUGGCGCAGUCGACCCCAUGGCGCAUAUUGAAUGGACGAAGAAGAGGCGGCAGUAUCGACCCACGUUGUACAGCCUUGCCAAGCAAAUCGUGGCAAUCGCCACCGAUAACGUUCACUUGAUGUUGCAGCCUGAAGCGUGGCAGCUCGCUGUCGAAACCGAUGACACGUUUGUCGACGUGCAGCGCUUUGCUGUUGGCACUGACCGCGGCAACGCCGUGGCUGCAGUCGUCCCAGCGUUUCCGACUCAUCUCAUUCAAACUCUGGUGCCCGAAGCGACGACAAUGGGAGUACUCCAAGGCCUGGCCUCCGGAGCGUUUACAAGCGUGACUGUUCGUCGGCUCAAGGUUUUCAAUACUGUCCACGUUCCUCCGCUGGAUGUCUGGCCGACCUUUGUUGGCCAUCCGCUGGUGUCAAUCGAAGUUGCCGUGAACAACGACGGUGCAACGUCCAAAAAGACGGAGAUCAAGCGAGGCGACGACGUGCUCAAGUUCCAAGCGGCCGUGAUGUCCUUGACCGGCCGACGUCUUCGGGCCAAACUCAAGGCUGAAGCAACCGACAGAUUGGCAAAGCGCGCGAAGAAGCACGCGACAGCCACGGCGGCGCUGGAUGCUAUGCUCCACCAUGCAAAGGACAAGGUUAACUCAUUACGACAGCAUGUGCCAGUGCAGAGAAGGUCGGACCAGGGCAGUCACAGCGGCAAAAUCGACGAAAUGAACUCACUGUGAGAUAUGCUGGAAGCAGCAAUUAUGUACAAAAACGUCGCGAUGUCCUUCCAAAGAACUCAAUCCACAGCUCACGGCGAUGUACCUUGCCAUGCCGCGC